AAGAGGACUGGGGACCAAGCUGCAUCCAAGCCAGUCCUGAGCUCCACGUGCUGACGCCAAGCCGCCACCAUGUCUCUGACCAAGACCGAGAGGACCAUUGUCUUGUCCAUGUGGAGCAAGGUCUCCACGCAGGCCGACAGCAUCGGCACCGAGACCCUGGAGAGGCUCUUCACCAGCUACCCCCAGACCAAGACCUACUUCCCACACUUCGACCUGCACCCGGGCUCCGCCCAGCUGCGCGCGCACGGCUCCAAGGUGGUGGCCGCAGUGGGCGAAGCGGUCAAGCACAUCGACAACAUCUCGGGGGCGCUGGCCAAGCUGAGCGAGCUGCAUGCCUACAUCCUGCGCGUGGACCCCGUCAACUUCAAGCUCCUGUCUCACUGCCUGCUGGUGACCCUGGCCGCGCGCUUCCCCGUGGACUUCACGGCCGAGGCCCACUCUGCCUGGGACAAGUUCCUGUCCAUCGUGUCCUCCGUGCUGACCGAGAAGUACCGCUGA